AUGACGAGCGUGUGGAAGACCAAGGUUCUCCCCGGGCUCAACAAGAUCUUCGACAAGGAUGGCAAGAAGGCCGCCGCCGCCGAGUUCUUGAAAUCCUUCAACAAGGAGGAGAUUGACAAGGAGAUUGAGGACAAGAAGACAGAACUAGAGCCCAAGGUUGUGGAGACCAUUGAAGCAUCUCCUCCAGAAAUUAAGGGCUUGAUAAAGGAUAAGAAAACAUCCAAGAUCAGGAAGAACUCAGUUGCCGUCACCAAGUUCCUUGACGAUUUGGCCAAGAUUGAUUUCCCUGGAGCCAAGCUGGUGAGCGACGCGGUGGCCAAGUCCGGCACCACUCCCCUCUCCCCCGCCAUCGUCUUCAUCUUGGACAAGGUUGCGCCUUUCGUGCCCGCGCCCAAGGAGGAGCCCAAGGUCGAGCCCGAGGUCGCCGCCGCCGCCCCGGCAGAGGAGACCACCACCCGCGAGGUUGCCGUGGAGGAGAAGAAAGAGGAGAAACCCGUCGAAGCCGCCGCACCUGCCGCCGAGGAGCCAGAGAAGAAGUGA